AGUUGCUUACUAUACAUCCGCAGUAACCUAUUCAAUAUCACUGGUCAGUGUACUGCUUCUUCCUUGGCAAAACGAGUAUUUCACGAUAGGAUUGUACUUUCGUUCUGCCUACUAAUUUUCAAUUAUGUUAAGAAUUGGUGAAUAUCCUCCAGAAUAUGAUCGAGCAAAACAUGGUCCAUAUGACCCGGCUCGGUACUAUGGAAAACCUGAUACACCUUUCGGACAAGUGAAACUUGGUGAGCUGAAAGAAUGGAUUUCACGGCGUGAUAUGGGACCUCGUUCCUUUAUGGCUUUAUGUUCACGAGGUUUUUGGCGUUGGCAACACAAAUAUAUACAUCCUAGAAAAUCAGGAAUAGCUCCAUAUUUCCAAUUAGCUGUUGGAGGAUCGAUAAUAUUUUACAUGUUGAAUUACUUGCGUAUUCGAGGUCACAGAAACUACAAGUAUCAUUAGGAUGCUACAUUAUUAAUGAAGACAUUCUAACAAAAUAGAAUACAUUAUAUUAGUUAAUUAAUUUGAAAAUGAAUAACUUGUAAUAUGAAAUAAAUAUUCCUAAAAUGUGUAACUCAAUA